UGACGGAAAGGUCUUCCAUUUUGACGACGCGACACCCGCACACUCGAGUCGUGACUCCGAGCUGUAUUUUAUUUACUGACGGACACAUGUAUUGGGCAAUUGUAGAUAUAAGGAUAAAGAAACCGGUGUACAAUAUUUAAAUUGAAUAUUGUAAAAUUAAUUAAUAGAAAUAAUUGAUUUCAUGUCGUUUAACCGGCAGUUGUGAUGCAGAAAUACAACUUGAGACUGUUUACACCGAAAUCAAUGGGACAACAGUGAUGUCAGUGUGUUGUGCAGUUUUGGCGGGAAAGCACCGUCUACGUUACACGUGUAGAUCAACGGCGUGUUGGUCAUUUGUCGCAGUACGUUGGCAUCAGUCGUAUUUACGAAAUAUGUUGCUCGGGGAGUUUUAAUGUUAAAUGUGAAAAAUACAACAGCAAAUAUAAGAAGCAACAAUAACGUCAAGAAAUUAAUCACACGUGCGCCUGCAUACAUCGACAGCGGACUUGAUCAUCAUCAAAAUAACUGCUACAGGAAGAGUCUGUCGCAUUUGCAUAAAAAAAAUGACUUCGCUGCAGAAACUUUAUAAAAAUCCAUUUACGAUCUGCAUUGAGGGCAAUAUUGGAAGUGGCAAGACGACAUUUCUGCAACAGUUUCAAGAAUUUAACAGAGCUACGAUUUUGCCAGAACCAGUAAAUUUGUGGCGCAAUGUGGGAGGAGUGAAUUUACUGGAUCUUCUGUACAAGAACUCGGAAAGGUAUUCAUUCCUAUUUCAAUCUUAUGCUCAAGUAACCAGGUUAGAGUUACAUACUAUGAGCACACUAACGCCUUACAAAGUCAUGGAAAGAUCAAUAUUUAGUACAAGGUGCUUUCUAGAGAACAUGAAACUUACAAAUACGAUAUCCAAUAUGGAGGCUACAAUUCUGGAAAAUUGGUACAAUUGGAGCGUAGAAAAUGCUAAUAUCAAAGUGGACUUGAUGGUGUAUCUGAGGACAACGCCAGAGGUCGUGUAUCAAAGAAUGCAAGCACGCGCACGGAAAGAAGAGGAAUCCGUGCCACUAGAGUACUUGAGACAAAUUCACGAAAUUCACGAGGGCUGGCUCUACAAACGAACCUUAUUCUCUUUACCGGCGCCAGUCAUGAUUAUAGACGGUGACAAAAGUCUCGAAGAAAUGGUGCCGCAAUUCGAGAAAUGCAAAGAUCGAAUACUUAAGGAGAAAAUCGACAGCGCACCAGAUACUAGAUUAGUUGUACAACAAACAUAAUGUAAAUAGAAAAAUAAUGUAAAGAACAUGACACGAUCUAAACGCAUCGUGUCAUAAUUGUUUUAUGGUCUACUGUGUCAAAAGUAAUGUUAAAGCAAAACUGUGACUUACCCUCAGAAACUGCGAUGAUAUUAUGUUCCGGGAAGGUUGGUUCAUUGUCAUUGACAUCGAUCACUCGUAUGCUCAAUGCAGCCGUGCCAGUUAAUUGAGGAUUCCCUUGAUCGGUUGCGAUGAUAGUUAGCCUGUACUUUUCGCGAAUCUCACGAUCGAGGACUAUAUUAGUCCGUACGACUCCACUAUAUGGUGGACUUAUAGUGAAGGCAUUGUCUGGAUUGCCGUCUACAAUAUGAUACAGGAUCCUGCUGUUCAUCCCUUGAUCGGCGUCACUUGCUGAAAGCUGAAAUAGAGAAUAUGGAUGGUACAGCUGAUGCAUAAUACAAUGUAUAAUAUUUUAAGUAGAUCAAUGUAACUAAUUAUUUUUAUAUCUAUACCUUUUUGACGUUAUACAGAAAAUAAACUAAACUUUUACAUUUUC